AUGGUGGUAUGCACAUGUGGAGCCCCAACACAACUGAGAACAUCCUGGACAACACAAACCCCAGGUCGUCGAUUUCAUCGCUGCAACAAACCAAAAUCGGGUCAAGGUUGUGGAUUCGUUGCUUGGGCUGAGCCACCGAUGAUUCAGAACCCUGCUGUGAUGAUUCCUGCACUAUUGGACACCAUCAAGCGGCAUGAAGAGAAUGCAAUCCAGAUGGGAAAUACGAACCGGAAACUUGAAGAAGAAGCAAAAAAAUUGGCUCAUGAGAAGAAGAUGUUAAAAAUUAUCUUAGGUUUCAGUUUGUUCUUGUUUAUGGUGUACUAUGUUAAGUCUACUUUGGAUGUGGCUUUUGUGCGGCUUUUGUAA